ACUUGGAGGAAAUACAUUUGCAGCUGCAUUUGAGUGAGGGUGAAGAAAAACCAGUCCAGUCCGUGAACAACAAAGUUGAAGACAGGUCACAAGUUUCCGUGAUCUGUCAUCGUUUCAAUGACUCUUGUUUUUUUGUUACUAAUUAAUGUUUUCACCACCAACAAGAUUAGAUAACAUAAGCAUAGAAAGAAAGAAAGAAAGAAUAUCCCACUCCCACUUCUCUUUCUCAAAGCUUCCUCCCUCUCUUAUCUUUUACUUCUUCAAUCAAUCAUUAUUAUUUAUUAUAAUUUUCAUUAUCUUUCUACAUUAAACCUCUUUUCUUUCUGCUUCUUCAUACUAUGCACUUCCUCUAAUAUUCUAUUUUUAAAUUUUAUUUUAUUUUAUAUUAUCCCCAAUCUAAAUAAUUGAUUCCUUCAAAUGGAUCCUCGUUUCAAUUCCAAUUACACCAACGGUUUUACCUUAGAUGUAGAGAAUCAGACCUUUGAAUUUAUGGAUAACCCUUUUCUUCUUCCACUUAAUUCAAACAAUACUCAAAACCCUACUUCAACUACUACUACUACUACUACUGAAGAGGAUUCUCCUUUAGAUGAAACUGAUUUCUCUACUACUGUUCUUCGUUACAUAAACCAAAUGCUUAUGGAAGAAAACAUGGAGAAGAAACCAUGUAUGUUUCAUGAUUCUUUGGCUCUACAAGCUGCUGAGAAAUCUUUCUAUGAUGUCAUUGGUGAGACAUACCCUUCUUCUUCAAUUCAAAAUCAUCAUAAUGUUGAAAGUCCUGAUGAUAGUCUUAGCAGUAACUUCAGUAGUUAUAGCAAUUGUGGUACUAAUAGUACUACCAACUCUGUUGAAUCUUGUUGGAGUAGUUUUGAUUUUUCUGAGUAUAAGCCUUCUAUAUUGCAAACCACUUUUCCUUCUGAUUUUGUUUUUCAAGCUAGUUCAAUGAAUGGUACUAGUAGUAGUAGUAGUAGUAGCAAUUUCAAUGUAACAACCAAUAAUGGAUUCUUGGUAAGUUCUAGGGAUGGAUUUUGUGAUUCGAACUUGCUUAGUAAGAGUGAGUCUGUAUUGCAAUUUGAGAGGGGUGUGGAGGAAGCUAAUAAGUUUCUGCCUAAAGUGAAUCCCUUGGUUAUUGAUCUAAAGAAGAAUUCUUUUGUCCCUUCUUUUAGAAAGGUUUCUCAAGAGGUAGUAGUUAAGACGGAGAGUAAUGAAAGGGAGCAUUUUUCUCCUGAGUCGAGGGGGAGGAAGAAUCAUGAGAGGGAAGAUGAAAUGGAUUUCCAAGAUGAGAGAAGUAAUAAGCAGUCAGCUGUUUACACUGAUGAUGGCAGUGAGCUAUCCGAGCUAUUUGAUAAUGUUCUGCUGGGUGUGUGCUCAGGUUGUGGAAAUAGAGGAGCUCCUACUUGUGGUAGUAAGGAAGAGCAGCCUAAUGGAACGGACGUGAGUGUUCAGCAGAAAGAAGAAGUAAAGGGUUCUGGUGGUGGAAAGAGUCGUGCUAAGAAACAAGGAAAUAUAAAGGGUGUUGUGGAUCUGAGAACAAUGUUGGUUCGGUGUGCACAAUCUGUUUCUUCUGAUGAUCGUUCAACUUCUCUGGAGUUAUUGAAGCAGAUAAGGCAACAUUCUUCUCCACUAGGUGAUGGAUCUCAGAGGCUGGCACAUUGCUUUGCCAAUGCCCUUGAGGCGCGCUUGGCUGGCACCGGGACUCAGAUUUAUACUGCUUUAUACUCCAAAAGAACCUCUGCUGCUGACAUGGUGAAAGCUUACCAAAUGUAUAUUUCAGCUUGUCCAUUCAAGAAGCUUGCAAUCAUUUUUGCAAACCAUACAAUUUUGAAUCUAGCCAAGGAAGUAGAAACUCUUCACAUUGUAGAUUUUGGCAUCCGUUAUGGCUUCCAAUGGCCUGCCCUUAUUUAUCGUCUGUCAAAACGACCUGGUGGGCCUCCCAAGCUGCGCUUGACAGGGAUAGAGCUCCCUCAACCUGGCUUCAGGCCUGCGGAGAGGGUCCAGGAGACAGGACUUCGCUUGGCAAGGUAUUGUGAACGUUUUAAUGUUCCAUUUGAGUUCAAUGCUAUUGCACAGAAAUGGGAAACCGUCAAAGUUGAGGACUUGAAGAUACAGAGAAAUGAACUUCUUGUAAUGAAUUGUUUAUGUCGAUUUAAAUAUCUACUUGAUGAGACAGUAGUGUUGAAUAGUCCCAGGGAUGCUGUUUUAAAAUUAAUUAGGAAGGCAAAUCCCAGUAUCUUUAUACAUACUACUGUCAAUGGGAGCUAUAAUGCCCCAUUCUUUGUGACACGGUUCAAGGAGGCUCUUUUCCAUUACUCUACCAUGUUUGAUGUGCUUGACAUCAAUGUUGCCUGUGAAGAUCCAAUGAGGUUGAUGUUCGAGAAAGAGUUCUUUGGACGUGAGGUAAUGAAUACUAUCGCUUGUGAGGGUUCCCAGAGGGUCGAGAGGCCAGAAACAUACAAGCAAUGGCAGGUUCGGAACAUAAGGGCUGGAUUUAAGCAACUGCCCUUGGAUAAACAACUCAUCAACAAGUUAAGAUGCAAGUUGAGAGAUGUAUACCACAGUGAUUUCAUGCUUGUUGAAGAUGGAAACUGCAUGUUGCAAGGUUGGAAGGGUCGAAUAGUUUAUGCUUCCUCCUGUUGGGUACCUGCAUAGGCUUUGGCGAUGAUCUUCUCAGGGAGUUUAGGAGAAGCGUUUCUUGAGUUUUCAGCAGGAGUCUGGCAAAUAUAUGUUAGACUUGUUAAUAGUUCUAUGGUUGACAUUAUAGAAGCUGACCAUGCCAAUGGAAUGGUAUAGAACAGUUUAGCUUCAGAACCCACACAACAUCUGUAUUUUGUUAAGUGUGUGUAUAAUAUAACUUAUAACUAAUAAAUAAUAACUAAUGCUAUGUGAAUGACUUAUUUGGAUGCAUAUUAGUUGAACUUUUCCCGUGUUGGGUAGUCAUUAUUCAUAAGCAGCAGAA